AUUUUCCACACGAAGAACAUCCCACCGGCGAGGCUCUCAGCUCAUCAACUCACACGAGCCACGAGUGCAAUUCUUAUCACCCAGAGUCUGCCAUCGACCAGAAGUCGGAGCUGAUGUUCUAUUUUGAAGUUUCAUCCGAAUCCAUGCUCACCGAUAUCGAUACGAACAGGUGCCGAUACGAAAAGGUCUGCGUGGCAGACCCACACGUCAAUGCGCCUGCGGAGCCCAAGGACGUUGACAAGAAUUCUUCGACACAUGAAACGAACCCUGAUCUUGUCAAGCCGUCAGGUUCGUCUGUUGUUCUGCCGUUCCGCGCAAGUGGAGGCGCAAGCUAAUACGGAUCCGUGGGUGGAGGCGCAAUCAUGGCUGUCUAUUCUUGGACAUGAAGAUGAUAGGUCGACCUUCACAUCCGUUGAACACCAAGUCAGGGCUGAUGUAGACCAGGAGUCAUUUCGCCGCAUGACUUCAUCCAGAUUGCACCUGGUCACUUCAAAGGAGAUACCAAAAGUCCCGACGAAGGCCUCCCUGCCGCAGCGCACAUCGGUACCGUUCCGGGACCACCUUCCAACCCCCCCCAGGGACAAAGCUUAUCAAUAUCCUGGAAUGCGACAAAAGCAAUGGUUCCUGGCCUUCCUGCGGACUGUCCCGCACCUAGGGUCUACAUGCAUUGGGGCGCGUACCAUGCGACCCGUUAGAAGUCAAGUUACUCGUCACUAUUGUCAGCUCCGAAGAGCGCGCUAGUGGCGGCAAGUGUAGUGAUUGCACUUGUUGAGAGCUCUCUUCUGCGGUCUUGUUGGCUAAAGACCAUUAGUUAUGGUCCACCCCUGGAGAUCUGAACAAGCUUGUGAACGUGGCCAAGUCCGGCAGGACGAUCUGCAUCUCUCGAGAUGGGCUUCGUCCGCAGUAGGCAGUCUGGGCCGGAUUGUCCGA